UUUUCCAAUUCCCACUUUAUUCAAAAUGUCCAAUAAACUAAUUUCUGUUGAUGUCACUUAUGUUGAUCCCAAUAAUAAUAUCACCUUCCAAUAUCUCGAUGCCAAUCUAAGAUUCGGACGUUCCUCUGUGCAUGUUAUUCAAGAGUUUUUUGGGAAAAACUUAACCAGGAACAUCAUUCCAUAUCGAAAUAUCAAAAGCAAAACUCUGAAACGUGGACGGUGGUCCAAAAAGGUUGAGAUUCAACUUGUCGCAAAGAAUUUGAAAGAUAGUGUAAAGGUAAAGAUGGAAUUCAAAGUGAAUCAGGAUCUCAAAACAUAUGCGACCAUUGAUUGGGUGGUGGACAAUUUCAACGACUUGAUUAGAGAAUAUCAAGAAAAAACGCAGCCAAAGAAUCUAUCACGUCUCCAGAUGCUCCAAAAUCGAUGUCUCGCAAUUUUUGGCAAAACAUCAAAAGAACGCUCUGCAUCGCUACCAGACUUACCAUCCGAACUACUUCAAAAAAUUACAAAACAACUAGAUACCAGAAACAGAAUGACCAUUCGCAAAGUAUGUCGAAUCUUAAGAGAUGCCAUUGACUACCAGGGAUCCGGCGUGAAAAGUGUUAAAGUUGGAAAAGAUUGUAUGAUUAUUGAUGGCAAAUAUGUAAAAUACCGUGAAAGUGCUCGGGAGUCUUGCAUGGUAAUCUACGAAGAACAUGAAAAGGCCAUGGUGUACGGAACAAUUCAGCAAUUGAUGUUCAACGACUUGGCGAUACUGUUAAAAAGCCCAAACGUUCAAUUGUCUCUGCUAGAUCUGGCUCCACCCCUUCCCACAGUCUGCCACAAAACAAAUGUGAACUUUGUUGAAGACGUUUUCAAAUCGGUCAAAGAUUUGCAUCUGGAGAAAAUUAACUUCAAGGGUAUCAAUUAUGAGGAAAUUGACACUAUUUUACGACACCUCAAAACAGGAGUUCUAAAGGAAAUAUCGUUUGAUUACAAAAUCACUAAUUCAACCAUAAUUCCUCCAAUUGGAGAUAUGGUAUAUUUGGAGCAGUGGAAAAAUGCUGAGAAUCUUUGUAUUCACUCACACAUAAGUCUCGGAUCACUUCUCGACCAUAUUUCUCAUUUCCAUACGAUUGAUAUUUUAUGCCACACAUUCAGCAGGCUUCAAAUUCUUCAAUUGCAAAAAAUUAUUGACACAUCGAAAACAAUGAGAAAAUGUGUAUUCCGAGGACCCAUAAACCUUUUCGGUUUAGCAAAAGUUUUUGAUCCCAAGUACAAGAAUAAAACCCAUGGUAAAAUGUCUUACGUUUCGAAAAUUGGUAAACGUUUUCUAAUUGAAUUUACGCCACAAAUUUUUAGAAUGAUGGAAGUUGUUUAAAUAUCGCUUAUUUGGACAUACUUUUUUAUUGUUCCAAUGUCUUUUAGAUGUUUUCGCUUGUUAACUUUUUUUGGUCCCAAAUUAUUUUUAUUAAACCUUGUCAAACAAAUAUCUCAUCAUCCGACUAAACUACUUUUUUCCAAA